CCUAAUCCUCCUCUCAGAGCUGCAAGGGAUCAACUGAGGAGAGUGAGAGAAAAGAGAAGAGAAGAUGACAACACGCUUCAAGAAGAACAGGAAGAAGAGGGGCCACGUCAGCGCUGGCCACGGUCGAAUCGGAAAGCACAGGAAGCACCCUGGAGGACGCGGUAACGCCGGAGGCAUGCACCACCACAGGAUCCUCUUCGACAAAUACCACCCUGGGUUCUUCGGCAAGGUAGGAAUGCGCUAUUUUCACAAGCUUCGCAACAAAUUCUACUCUCCGAUCCUCAACAUCGACAAGCUGUGGUCCCUGGUCCCGCAAGAAGUGAAGGACAAGGCCUCCAAGGAGAACAAGGCGCCGCUCAUCGACGUCACGCAGUUCGGGUACUUUAAGGUUCUCGGAAAGGGCGUUUUGCCGCAGAACCAGCCCGUUGUGGUCAAGGCCAAGCUUAUUUCCAAGAUCGCUGAGAAGAAGAUCAAAGAGGCUGGCGGCGCCGUUGUUCUCACCGCUUGAAUUUGACGGUAUCACUUUUUUGAACGAUUUAGGUUUUGUUCUGAUACGUUUUGUUUUGGAUUAUGUUGUUGUUUAGUCUCUGCUAUAUUUCAGGAUUAAAUUGAAGGUUUUAUUAUUUUAAUUUGCGCGAUUAACUAUGCCAGCCUGAUGACAUUAGAAUCUAUCGAAAUUGUUAAAAUUGAGCAUGUUAGCUUUCGUAUUAUUGGACCUAUGACAUUUGAAAUUAGGUUUUUUGCUAUGGAUUGAACUUCACCCUAGGGGUUUUGUUC